CGACUUUGGUCGGGUCUUUCUCUAUUCCUUUUAGUUUACCCCUUCCGUCCCUAUAUGGCGUCUCUCCUUCGCGGUGUGGUUCGUCGAAGACAAUGUGAAGGAAGGAAGGAAGGUAGGAACGGGCCAAGUCAACUGAAGUGGAAUCAAGUCGACGAGGAGCCAAUGACAGAAAUCCCCACGAGCAACUACCCCCACCAGGCCCGGACAGUGGGGGCAUUUCGGUAAACCCAACGCCCGCCAUCUCUGCUCUAUAACUACCAGCUCAGCUGCGCCCAAUCGCCAUUGAUCAUUCAUUCACCAAACCCCAGAGAGGAAAAGGCCCCGACUGAUGAGCUUACACAUGGCGGAAGACGGCGGGCUGGGCAAUAACCUCAGGCAUGAGACGGUGAAGAGAGCCUGCCACUUGGCGUUCAAGGCACAUAAGAGCCCGGAGAAGGGUCCCGGUUACCUCGCGGAGAAAAGGAGCUCGGAGUCGAUCUUCUCCUUCGCCGGGUGCUGGUCCCCCGACGAGUGGUUCGCGGGCGGAGCCGGGGCGUUCGGGGAGGCUAAGAUAGAUCUCAGGCAGUUCCCUUGCCUGAGGAGCAUCAGCAACGACGAGCUCGCCGUGGUCAACCAGGCGUUCCUGACCAAGUUCCUCCUCAUCUUGGAAAAGUCAACGCUCCGCAGAGAGGUGAUGAAGGCUUUAGAUGAUAAAAAGCAGAUAAUAUUCACAGGCCAUUCCGCAGGAGGCCCUGUUGCAAUUUUUGCAACCAUAUGGCUCUUCGAGCACCUAAGAUCGCUGAAACAGAUCCAAACAUCAUUGACAUCCCACUACUGCCUCACAUUCGGGUCUCCUCUUGCCGCAGACCGGAUAUUCUGCCACGCGGUUCGUCGCGAAAAGUGGUCUGACCACUUCGUGCACUUUGUGAUGAGGUAUGACAUCAUACCCCGGGUCCUGCUCGCUCCUCCCUCUUCCAUGGGGGCAGCCCUCCCUGAGAUCCUCUCCUUCUUCAACCCAAACUCCCGAGGCCCGAAGAACUUGCCCGUUGAGAAUAGUGCGCUGGCCUCCGAUUUCUUCGUGAACGUCCUGAGGAAUGCUUCUUGUGCUGCAAGCCAUGCCGCUUGCACUAUGAUGGGGAGCACGAACAUGCUGAUGGACACGAUCUCUGGGUUCAUCGAGCUCAGCCCUUACAGGCCUUUCGGUACAUUCGUGUUCUGCUCCGGAAAUGGAAGACUGUUUGUGGUGAAGAACCCUGAUGCUGUUCUUCAGCUGCUGUUCUACUCUCUUCAGCUGAGCUCCGAGGGAGAAGGGCCUGAGGUUGCGAAGGCUUCCUUGACCACACAUCUGGUGUAUGAGGAUGAGAUAAACCAGAACUUGGGAAGGGCAGAUCCAGUUUACUUCGACAAGUUUGUAGAUAUACCGUUGAACUCCAAUGAUUCUAUCGGCACCGAUAUGAAAACCAUAGAUGACGCCCUUACUGACUUUGGUCUGGGUGCGCGGGCAAGGCUGUGUCUCCGAGCUGCGAUAGGAUUGGAGAAGCAGAAGUUCAUCAACCAGUCCAAGAUCGAAGAGAGGAAGGGGCCAAUGCAAAAGGCCAUGUCCGAAUUAGAAUGGUAUCGAAGCAUUUGCGAGACUCGAGGUGGUUAUUACGAUUCCUUCAAGCAAAAUAAGUAUAAUGAGGACUUCAAAGCUAAUGUGAAGAGACUCGAGCUAGUAGGAUAUUUGGACGAGAUCGUGGAGAUGUUGAAAAGGUACGAGCUCCCUGAAGGGUUUGAGGGUCAAAAAGAGUGGGUUUAUCUUGGGACGGAGUUCCGCCGCCUCGUGGAGCCCCUCGACAUUGCCAACUACUACCGACACUUGAAGAAUGAAGACACAGGUCCAUAUAUAGAAAAAGGAAGGCCGAGACGGUAUAGGUAUACCCAGAGAUGGCUAGAGCAUUUUGAGCAGAAGCCCAGCGGGAGUAGAGGGGAAUCCAUCAUCUGGGCCGAGGUGGAGGAGCUGAGUUUCAAGGCCUACAGUAAUGAACCAUUUACUGCCCUUAGGCCAAAGAUCAAAGAGAUCGAGGAGAAUCUGAAGAAAUGGCUUGAAGAAGAAACAGUGGCAAAGGAUGCCCUUUCAGAGGGCUCGUCGCUCGUCAAGCUGUGGAAAGAUCUCCGUCAGAAAUAUAACGAAGUGCAAGACAUAACAGGAUUCAUCAGCAGCGGCUGAGGACUUCUGCAGUUUUCAUCCGCUCGAAAUAAGUACCAAAACGUGAAAUGGGAAAGAAGGAAACCGACAGGCAGCUGAUUGCUCGUGAAUGUAUGUCACUGUAUUCAACUCAUCAGAAUAAAAGGCUUUCUUCAGGAGUUAACCUUGUCA